AUGGCGGACGCGGUGUGCUGCCGCAUCCACAAUAAGCGCUCGCCACCGCCCUGGUACUGGGCGGCGAAGCGCGUCAAGAAGUCAGGUCAGAAUCUGGCGGCGCAAGCCAACUCGUGCGGGUAUACCUUGAUGAUGGGAGAGACGACAGCCGAGGAAUACCCCAAAAAGCUUGAGGAUCUCCCUUCCGAUAUUCUGGCUGCACUGGAAGGAAACCUGACAGAGGGUGUAAAGGAUGUCGCAGAGCCGGGACAUGGCUUGGCAAAAGGCAAGAAAUACCCGGGCAUUCGGUUUGCGAACGGGCGGUACAAGGCCCGAGUGAUGUUCUCCGACCUGCGUAUUGAGACUGCGAAGACGGGCUCACUGGUACAAGCCAUCCGAUGGAUGAACUCCCUUAGCUCCCUGAGGUGCAAAGCAUGCACACGACAAGACAAUCGCAUGGAACCCCUGACAAUGCAAGAGUUCUGCGACGAGCUGGAGAAUGAGCCUUCCCUGGACGUGCAAUUCACUUCGCACUUUCAAAUAUCCAUGAUGAAGGAUGGAAAGAAGACCAAAUGCCGCUACAGCACACCGGCGACCAGCAACCUCUCGUUGGCUCUUGAACUGCGUCGGGAGCUCCAAUCGAUCAUGACAGACAGAAGAAAUGCCGGCUUGAAGAAGGCAGUCUUUACCUGGCAGGCUGCCGCCUUGGCAAGAGUGCGUAAGGAGAAGGUCGCCCAACCCUUGCGUCAGAAGAAGCUUCUGGCAGCCGUCGCAACGGAGCGGACGAAGCGCAAUUUCCAGGUAGGUGCUCAGCUCCAGCACAUCCUGAAUGUGAAUUUGGAUGAACAAACUGCCAAGCACACGGUGGCAAAGCUCAAAGAUGCUUCUCCAGGAAUUUUCGCCAAGCUACAGUCGUUGCUGCGCCAACUGGUGCGUCCAUGCUCCAUGCAGGCUCGACUCCGGCCACGGAGAACGCAGUUUUUUCCACCGCAAGCCCUGGAGUUCUUGACCCUGCGGGAGGCUGUGUGCAUCUCGUCGAUGUGCAUAUCUUGCUACGACAUUGCCUACGACACCAUGCGGCUGCGCCUCAGGCGCUUCAUCUUUACGUCCAGCUUUCUCGACCUCCCGACGCUUUCGCGUUCAGGACGGGUUGUCUCCUCGCCUGUGGCGGAGAAGCAGGUGAAGCUCUUACUUGAUAUGCUGAGCGCACCGCACCUCUCAUCUCUGUUUGUCGAGCUGGACCUGCGAAAGGCGCCCUUCGACGUGGAAUCGAUGGACAAACUGGUUGUGGUAUUGUCCCAACUGUCAUCCUUGUCACUUCUGCAGCUGCGAAGUCAUGGCAAGGAGUGGACAAAGCUAAAGGCUCCGCGAAUCUUUGCUGCGCUCCCGCCGGGGGCCACCCUGCAGUGCUACGAUGACAGAGGUGUUGAGAGUUUCCAGGGCUGCCAAGCCUUUCCCGCGUAA